AUGGUGUUCUCUGGCAAUCCAUCACAAAUCCCCCUUGUGCGGUUGCCCACGUCUUCCAUCCCCAGCCAUAUCCAAACAGUUGUCGGCAAGCGAUCGGCCAUCUCAGAUGCCCUCGAGGAGUUUCGUGGUAUACCAUAUGCUCAUGUGCCGGGAAGAUGGGAGCACUCACGCCUGAGAGAUCGUUUACCGCGGGAUAUGUUUGACGCUACGGAGAACGGAGGUAAGCCCAAUACGCGGACGUUUCAAUCAUACUUGCCGUACCCGGACGACCGGCAGGACGAGUUCGAGUGCUUGAACCUUUUCGUCGUGCGCCCAAGCAAGGAAGCACUAGCAAAGCACGAUAUCGAUGCGGAGACGACUCGGCUGCCUGUUCUUAUUUGGAUUCAUGGUGGUGGCUUCAUUGAUGGCGCAGGCACGGAUCCAGCGUCCGAUCCUUCCCGGCUCGUUCUUCGUUCCCUCUCCCACAAAACCCCUUUUAUCGCCGUAUUUAUUAACUACCGUCUGGGUAUAUUUGGCUUCGGCGCUUCAUCUGACAUGAUCGCGGCCCAAGGCAGCGACUCCCCUCUCAAGGGCGUGAACUUUGGUCUCUACGAUCAGAAACUCGCGAUCAUCUGGGUCAAGCGCAACAUUGCUGCGUUUGGAGGAGAUGAUGCCAAGAUUACAAUCAUGGGUCAAUCCGCCGGCGGAGUUUCAUGUCACCUUCACCUUCUCGAGGCAGAAUUAGGCACGAAGAGAUCGCUAUUCCGCAAGGCUGGUUUGAUGUCUGGACCGGUUGGGGGUCUCGAAUUGACAUCGAUGGGAAAGGCCGACCAGCGCUGGGCAGACCUCUGCCAACUGUGGUCAGUCCAAGCUGAGAACCCAGUCGAUCGAGUCAACAUGUUGAGAAGAAUUCCUACCAAGGAUCUGCUGAACAGCGUUGCAGACCUUCACUGGGUGCUUUUUACACUGACCAUCGACGAAUUGACCAUUCGAAAAAGCGACUUGGGCUGUGGCGUUUCCGUCCAUCUUGAGCAUGGCGGUUUGGGCGACGAGAGCACGCCGUCCGACGAAAAGGUCCAGGUCCUAAUGAGCGCGACAGCUGACGAGUUCAGAGGCUUUGCCCUGAUGGCCAACUGGGAUUACACUACAUUCCACUCUCUUUGUACCGCAAGUUAUCCCUCAGAAGCGGCGGCUCACGAGGUUCUUCAAGCAUACGGCAUUUCGCCUACCUCUUCGGAUGAAGAACUCUUUGAGGGAUUCUCCCAAUUCAUAUCAGAUGCCACGAUGAUGCAUAAGAUAUAUCGCGCAAACGAAUCCUUCAAGGCUCAUCGUGGGCAGCAAGCACUCCUCCGUGGUCAGGACGCCAAUCGUGUGGGAAUACAGUAUCACCAUUUCGAAUUCGGCAAUCCCUUCUCAGGGCCCAUGCAAGGAAUUGCGCAUCACGGCGUUGACAUGGUCUAUGCCUUUGGCAAUUUUCACGACGCGCUGAAGAAGGCUGACCAAGGGAUUCUGGAAGGUUAUGUUGAGCCCGACCAAGCUCAUGCAGAGGCUAGUGUUGGUGAACCCUCUAUGAACACCAAAACUACCGAUUACCGCAAGUCCAACGUUGAUCUCAGCCAUGAGUUACAAGAUAGGUUGAUCCAAUUCGUGGUUGAGGAUUGCGAGGAGACCGAACAGCGUGCAUAUGCUGAUGAUAUCGUGACGUUUUGUCACGACCGAUCGGUCCGUGUAGAGAGUUGGUCUAGUGACGAGAAAUGGAUAUCAAAGAGGAAGAAACUCGCGGCUUUAGAUAAAGAUCAUGAUUCUAUGAUCGCUGCCACGCGGAGACUUGUAGGGAGUGUUAUUGGUAUGGCCUUGUAG